CAGAUAUGUCGCAAUAUGGCCUCACAUAUUCUGACCUUUGGGUACAUAUUUGCCAGCUUGUGUUAUCAUUCAAUGUUUGCAUCGCAGAAUCACAUUUACGAAUGGGUAAGAGAUCACAGAGUGCACCAUAAAUUUAUGGACACGAAUGCGGAUCCGCAUAAUUCGAAGAGAGGCUUCUUCUUCUCGCACGUAGGCUGGCUGAUGGUCCGCAAGCAUCCGGACGUUAUUAGUAAGGGAGCCACGAUCGACAUGAGCGAUCUCGAGAAAGAUCCUAUCGUCGUCUUCCAACGUAGGUACUACGCUGUUCUGAUGCCUCUUUUAUGCUUCGUGAUUCCCAUGUUGGUACCGAUCUACUUUUGGAACGAGAAACCCAUAUACGCGUGGUACGCUGCCGUUUGGAGAUAC